AUGUCAAGCUCCGCAAGCCCGCUUGCGAAGUACAAUGUCGCCAACCGGCUCUACAAGAGCUCGUUGCUGAAUGCCGUGUGCCUGGUCGCCGGUGUGUCCAUCUUCUUCUUCGGCUACGACCAGGGCUUGAUGGGUGGUGUCAACACGACGCGCGAUUACGCCGAGCUCAUGGGGUACGGCCACUGGGACGAGGAACAAAGGAUCGUUGUGGUCGAUAAGCCGCUGUUGCAGGGAGGUAUCGUCGCCGUCUACUACCUCCCCGGAACGCUCGUGGGAUGCUUGGUGGGCGGAUGGUUCGGUGACCGGUAUGGUCGUCUCAAGACCAUCGCCGCCGCUUGCAUCUGGUCUAUUCUUACCGCCGCCCUGCAGUCUGCUGCUCAAAAUGCGAACUGGAUGUUCUGCGCACGUGUGCUGAACGGCAUCGGCACCGGCAUGUUAAACGCCAUUACCCCCGUGUGGGCAACGGAGAUUGCUUCUCAUACAUCGAGAGGCAAAUUCGUAUCCAUGGAGUUUACGCUCAACAUCUUUGGCGUAGUGGUCGCGUACUGGCUACAGUUCGGCACGUCAAAGUACAAGGACCCCUCGUCGUCCUUUAUCUGGCGGUUUCCUAUCGCUUUCCAGAUUGUUCCCCUGAUCUUUCUCUUCGGCAUGAUCUGGUUCAUGCCAGAGUCCCCACGAUGGCUCGUCAGGAUGGGCCGAGAAGAGGAGGCCAGGUACAUUCUCGGAAGACUGCGCGGCAACGAGAGUGAGGACAUGGGGGUUGCCGAGGCGGAGCUCCAGGACAUCAUCAACAUAAAAAACUUGGAGGACGAAACGGCCAAACAGCAGAGCUAUCUUGCCAUGUUGUUCGGCUCGGGCUCGGGCAAGCUCCACACCGGCCGUCGCGUCCAGCUCGUGAUCUGGCUCCAGAUUCUCCAGGAGUGGGUCGGGAUAGCAGGAAUAACUCUUUACGGACCUGGCGCGUCAUCAAAAACAUCCUUUGUCUUCACGAUCGCCGGCAUCAGCUCCGAGCAGCGCCUUUGGGUUAGCGGUGUGAACAACAUUACAUACAUGUUCGCAACCUUGAUCUGUGUGUUUACCAUAGAUCGCAUCGGCCGCCGCUGGACUCUAUACUGGGGUGCGGCUGCGCAGGGGAUAUGCAUGUUCUGCGCCGGCGGACUGGCUCGGGCGACGCUCAACGCCGACCCCGGAAAUCGGGCCGGACUGGGCGGCGCCGCGACCUUCUUCGUCUUCGCCUACACGGCCGUAUUUGGCGCAACAUGGCUGACAGUUCCCUGGCUGAUUCCCGCGGAAAUCUUCCCUCUGCAAGUCCGAGCCAAGGGCAACGCGUGGGGUGUCGUCGGGUGGUCGAUUGGGAAUGGAUGGACGGUACUCCUCCUCCCGACAAUCUUUGAGAAGCUGAACGAGAAGACGCUCUACCUCUUCGGCGCCGUGAGCUUCAUCAGCAUCGUCAUCGUCUGGGCGCUGUACCCCGAGUCCAACCAGCGCACUCUGGAGGAGAUGGACCUCGUCUUCGCCAGCGACAGCAUCUGGGCAUGGGAUGCCGAGAAGGAGUUUGCCAGGCUCAAGGCGGAGAAUCCUGCUCUUGUCCGCUCGGCGCACAAGGGGGGCGAUGCUGUGGACUCCGAGACGGGCGCGGCAUCGUCUUCGAAGCAGGCCUAUGAUUAUGAGGAACGGCCUUGA